AUGUCUGUGAUUGCCCUGUUCAGGGGCAAGUGGGGGAAUAAGUCACAGGAAACCCCAGAGAAGCAUCCAGCAGCUGUGGUCCAACCCAGCCAUGAGGACGAGGAUGACGAGGAUGACUCCAAUGUUGGUUUCAGCAGAGAGCCUAUUCGCAGGAACUCACGCUUUUACCGGUCAAUGAGGAAGAAGAGGAUGGUCUCAUCUGAGCAGUCUGAAUAUUCUCCCAGGCCUGGUUUGGACCCCAGUCCGUCUAACAGAGCAGGACUCAUCUCCCCUAAUGCUCCUUUACGCCCCAAAUCACCUUUUUUGCCCAGGGCUAGACGAUGUAGCCCUCAGCCUUCACCACAGCUCGAUCAUUCCAAAACUGUGUUGCCAAGCAAUGGGGAGGCCAGCAGCAGACAUGCUCUGUACCACAGCGAUGCUGUGGAUAGGAGAAGAGGAGGAGUGGGAGGAGGGAGGAGUUUGGACAUAUCUGCUGCCUCCAACAACCAGCAUCGAGAUUUUACAGCUGACAUGAUCACUUACCGGACUCACAACAUUCAUAGCGAAGACAUUAUAAAGCUGUCGGAGCAAACAGCUGCAGAUUGCACUGUUCAGGAGAAAACCAUGAGCUCACAACGGCCCAGUUCUAACAGCACAGACCAGGAUAACGCCAACCUCAGGUUUCCAAGCAAUGGAGCUCGCUCCCAGACAAUCUGCCACAGCCUCAACAUCGUCAAAAACAUUGCAUUCCUGUACCAGGAAUACCGGGACACUUCCAAGCAGCAGGAGAUCGAGCAACGGCGGCAACGUGAGAACCUUUGUCCAAAGGUCACAGCAGAGACUGUGGUGGCAGGCUCUGGUGUCACGUCCCCUCCAGUGUUACAGCUGCAGCUGAGGAACAGUUCUCGGUCACUAAGCUUGUGGCAGAACCUGGAAGCUGUGCAGGCCAGUGGCUUGCUCACCCAGUUACCACAGAAAGAAAUCAUAAUGCAAGAGGCCACGUUUGAGCUUAUUACCUCAGAAGCAUCAUACUACAAAAGUUUGGAAAUUUUGGAGACUCACUUCCUACGUGACCCUGUUUUAAUCAACACUCUAAGCCAAUCCGAUGUGCAUUUUCUGUUCUCCAACAUCGAGGAAGUCAUGAAAGCCAGUGAAAGGUUCCUGAUGGAUCUUGAGCACCGAAUUGAGAAGUCUAUUUUGAUCCCUGAUGUGUGUGACAUUGUUUACCACCAUGCUGUGGAACACUUCAAUGUCUUCAUCAAAUACGUCAUUAACCAGGUGUACCAGGAGAAGAACUACAGACGCAUAUUAGAGGGAAACCAGGCAUUUCGGGAAGCCAUGGCUGCACUGGAGAACCAUCCACAUGUCAGGGGCCUGUCCUUCACCUCGUUCCUAAUCCUUCCUUUCCAGAGGAUCACAAGGCUCAAGAUGCUCGUACAAAACAUCCUGAAAAAAGCAGACGAAAACUCAGAGAGGGAAGCAAAUGCUAUAAAAGCACAUCAGCAACUGGAGCAGAUUGUGAAAGAGUGUAACGAGGGGGUGCGAAAAAUGAGUCGCACUGAGGAACUAAUCAGCAUUGAGAAAACACUGGAGUUCAAAUCCAAGUCUGUGCCCAUCAUUUCCCACUCGCGCUGGUUGCUAAAGAAGGGUGAAGUGCAGCUGAUGGCUGGACCGAAGAGUACCAGGACCAUGCGGAGUCGUAAGCUCUACCAACCGGUCUACUUGUUCCUUUUUAACAAUCUGCUGCUGGUCACCAAGCGCAGCUCAAGUGGGGAGAAGUUCCAGGUUCUUGACUCAUGCACACGGGCCAUGUUGAGGACUGAAGAUCUUGAAGACCAGGGCCAGCUACUGGCCAAUGUCUUUAAUCUUAAACUACUGGAGAACCAAGAGGAGCGUCCAGUCAGCUACAUGCUCAAGACCUGCAGUAUGAGUGAUAAGCUUCGAUGGAUGUGUGCUCUCACUCCUAACCGACGCACACGCUUCAUGUCUACUAGUGCCCACCAACCAGACUCUCCACAGGUGCAGUGUAUUCAGUCGUACUCAUCUCAGGAGCCAGAUGAACUCUCUAUUGAGAUGGCUGAUGUUUUGAACCUCCUAGAGAGAACAGACGAUGGCUGGAUGAUGGGUGAAAGGCUCCAUGAUGGCGAAAGUGGCUGGUUCCCUAGUCGAGUAGUAGAGGAGAUCCAGAGCAAGGAGGUCCGAGCUCAGAAUCUAAGAGAGGCCUUCAGGAUUCUGCAGGCCCAGGAAGGUGGAGGAGGCCCGCCAACUGGAACCAGGGUUGGUUUAAGGGUGGGGAGACGCACCCCACGAGCCUCCAACUUCUCCAACCCUUGAAUUGAUCAAAUGGGGGAGAGCAGUAGAGUAAAUCAG